AUGCCACAGAACAAAUACAUUGAAUUACACCGUAAACACUAUGGAUACCGUUUGGAAUACCAUGAGAAAAAGAGAAAGAAGGAAAGUCGAGAGGCUCAUGAAUGUUCAAAGAAGGCAAAGAAAAUGAUUGGUCUGCAGGCUAAGCUUUACCAUAAACAGCAUCAUGCUGAGAAAAUACAAACGAAAAAGACUAUCAAGAUGCAUGAAAAGAUAAACACCAAACAAAAGAAGGAUGAAAAGGCUCCACAGGGAGCUUUUCUGCUGGACAGAGAGGGACAAUCUCGAGCCAAAGUACUUUCCAAUAUGAUUAAACAGAAACGAAAAGAGAAGGUGGGAAAAUGGGAAGUCCCUCUGCCUAAAGUACGUGCCCAGGGAGAAACAGAAGUAUUAAAAGUUAUUCGAACAGGAAAGAGAACGAAGAAGGCAUGGAAGAGGAUGGUUACUAAAGUCUGCUUUGUUGGAGACGGCUUUACAAGAAAACCACCUAAAUAUGAAAGAUUCAUCAGGCAUCUGCGUUUCAAGAAAGCCCAUGUAACACAUCCUGAACUGAAGGCCACCUUUUGCCUACCAAUAUUUGGUGUAAAGAAGAAUCCCUUAUCCCCACUGUACACAGCUUUGGGUGUUACUACCAAAGGUACUGUCAUUGAGGUAAAUGUGAGCGAAUUGGACCUUGUGACACAAGGAGGCAAAGUUAUUUGGGGAAAAUAUGCUCAGGUUAACAACAAUCCUAAAAAUGAUGGAUGCAUCAGUCUUACUGGCUCCCUCACCAACACAGAAGGGGAAUUGACUAAAGGAUUAAUAGCCCUCGCCUACAUAAGCCUACGUAAAAAGAGCCCUGAGUCAUACUGCGGGAGCCGAUUCCCCCCUUUGGCCGCGACCCCAGGCUCAAAGCCGCGGGAGCAGGCAACCCAGUGCGCGCUAAAUAACGACCUCACGGAGAAGCAGUCCCUGAGCCCGUCAACAUCGACCCCUAAUCAGAUUACUGAAAAUAGGAAGGCCGGCUGCAGGAACAGUGACACUCUGGGCCCCCACGAUGGGAGGCCGCGGCGGAAGCGGCGUGAUUUUCGGGGUUGCACCUCAGCAAGAUGGUGGCAGGGAGGAUGGGACUCCCGAGAAGGAGCAAAGAAAUGGAUCCCCUCCCUCCAGGACACGGGCAUUGAUUCUGUCUUGGGGUCCCUGCCCACUGGGGAAGGCCUCAUUCCCUUAUCGACCAGAAUACAGGGGCCUCAGUUGAGUGUCGGCCUAUUUCUUCAUCUGACAUUCCCCCUGGCUGGCCAGCAGGCGCCGGCAUCAUGUCUGCAAGUUAUUGUAAGUCCGGCAGGAAUGCCCAGGAGGGAGGUGCCUCUGGCCAGCAGAGUGCCCACUUCCCUCCCAAGAUGUGGCUGCCACUCCUGCACCCUCCACACCCAGUUGGAGAAGAGCAGCGGGUACCCUCAGGGAGGUGGAGUGUAUGAGGCCAGACUGGACUCGGGGAAGGAUGCCAGCAGCCCCCUCUACCAAGAGCGAACCAAGUAUGUAAGAGAAAGAGAGAAGGGAGAGCAGGAAGGACAAUCCCAGUCUUAAUUCCUAGCUCUUCAGCAAACCAAGGAAGUGACCCAAGACGCUCAGGGACCCUUCCACAGAUGCCUGUGGCCCACCCCAUCUGCCAAACACUCACCAGCCCCACAGUCUC